UUCCCGUGUCUGAAUCAAAGUAAUUAAGUCGACGGUGUAUGAAAUUAAAACUAGUGAAAAAGCUGUCUCAUUUCUCAUUUCUGAAGUGAGAACAGAAAUGGCGACCAUCACUGCUUGCACCACAACCUCUUCAGUAGCCCGUGCUGCUCUCUUGCACAAUGGAUCUGUAUCUCGUCUCUGCUCUAUUCUUGGUUUGCCAGCCAUGAGCAAGAAUAUGGGAAAGGUAAGAUGUUCAAUGGAAGGAAAAUCAACAGGGAAAGAGAGUGAGGCAAAGUUAGGAAUGGGUGCAUCUUUGAUGGCAGCAGCAUGUGCAGCAACAAUGUCAAGCCCAGCAGCUAUGGCUUUAGUGGAUGAAAGAAUGAGCACAGAAGGAACAGGGCUUCCAUUUGGUUUGAGCAAUAAUCUUCUUGGUUGGAUCCUUUUUGGUGUCUUUGGUUUGAUUUGGUCUCUUUACACUGUUUACACUUCUAGCCUUGAUGAGGAUGAAGACUCUGGAUUGUCCCUUUAAUUUGAGCUUGUAAUUAAGCAGUUCUCACAAUCCAUCAAUCCUUAUUCUUAAUUGAGUGAACUUACGUAAAAUUACUAUGGUCACCAAUUAAUUAAUUGUACAUUGGUGCUGUAUCAAUUAAUUUGUUCAGUUGCUUGUAGUAUAUAUUCCUUUUUUGCUAAUUUA